AUGAACGUGGUCUUCGAACCGGUCGGGAUAGGCGAAUAUUUGGAGAACUUUAAGAACAACAGCAACACCAACACCAACAAUUUAUAUACUUCGGACGACGAGAGAGAGGAGGAGCGUUUGACGACGACAACAAAAGAUGAAGACAAAGAGGAGAAAAAAUUCAAAAUUGGACAGCAAAAUCAACAUCUGGAAGCGGAAUUCUACGCGCUCAAAGUCCGGAACGAAGUCCUCGAACAAUCACUCAGCGCCUUACAGACGAAGGAAAACGUGAUGUCGAUUGAACUGGAGCAUUUUAUGCGAGAGCGAGUAGAAAGAGAUGCGGUUAUUGAGCGGUUGAAGAUGGAAUUGGAAACGUCUUGCUCCAACACCAUUCGAAAGGAGGAGGAGAGGAAAGCUUUGUUACGCGAGAUGACGAAGAAGUUAAAGAAGAUGAAGAAAGCGAAGAAGAGGACUUUUGAGGAAAGUUUACGUUUGCUGGAGAAAGCGACGAGCGCGUUGGAGUUGGCGAAGGCAGAGAACGAGUCGUUACGCGCGAAGCUGAAAGAAGAGAAAACUUUGAAGACGACGACGAAGAAGAAGAAGAAGACAAAGAAGAAAGAGACCGAGCAAAAGCGGCGAAGAAGAGAGCGUCUUCGGACGACGACGCCUUUGCCGGAAACGCCACAGUUCGCGAAGCAGUUUUGGAGCUAUAGAAACGACGAGAGGAGACGAUUGCACGAGGAAAAUAAGGUGCACCAUCAUUCGCUUCAGUUUUCGGAUGACGACGACGAUGACUCUGAUUCCGACGACGACGACUUCUACUCGGACGAGGACACCUCCUCCUCGGAGGAAGAAUCAUCAUCGUCGUCAUCAGAAUCAUCAUCAUCAGCCUCAGAAGAAGAUGAUGACGACGACGAAGAAGAAUACCAACGCGACGCCACCAACAACACCAGUUAUUCCUCCAUCGACGAACUCCUCGACCGAUCCGUCGUUCUGAACACGCGCUUGGAAGCUUUAGAACGACGAGCGAGAAACUUAGUCGCACUCGAAAACGCAAAACCCUCGGCGAAAGCCGACAGAGAUGAUAAAACUACCGAGUGA